AUGGACUCCAGCGGCCACAGCAAGGACGACAGCGACAAGACGCUGCGUCCCCCGCAGCUCCCGUACAACGUUGCCACACUCUCUGGGUACGCCUCCGUGUCCUCAAGCCUUCCCGGGAGCGGAGCGGUCACUCCACGGACGCCGGGAAUGUACGUAGGGCCUGAGGCGGGUGAGACAACGGCGCUGCUGGGAGCGCGGACCAUCGGAGACGCGGAGGCAGCAGGUCAGGCGAGACGCGAAGGAUCCGAUGUUCACCCCCCGCUUUGGCGCAGACAGUCCAAGUGGGCGAAGGUUCGGUAUUACAUACCAUCCACCGCAUGGAUUCCUCAGUAUUCGUUCUCGCUAUUUGCUGGGGAUUUCCUCGCAGGCCUUACCGUUGCAAGCAUGCUCAUCCCACAAUCUAUCUCGUAUGCAUCGUCAUUGGCGAAGCUGAAUCCAAUAACGGGUCUAUUCUCUGCUGCGAUCCCUGGAAUUGUAUAUGCCCUUCUCGGGACCUCUAGACAGCUCAACGUUGCUCCUGAAGCCGCAUUGUCUCUUCUUGUCGGUCAAGCCAUCGAUGAAAUACUGCACGCCGACCCACACACACAUCCCAUAGACCCUAAUGCUCUAUCUAUCACCAUCUCCACCAUAAUAACGUUCCAAGUUGGUCUAAUCAGUUUUUUGCUCGGCCUCUUCCGUCUCGGGUUCUUGGAUGUCGUUCUUAGCCGUGCUCUGCUACGUGGCUUCGUCACGGCCGUUGCCGUCGUCAUCAUGAUUGAACAGCUCAUUCCCAUGUUCGGCCUCACGCAACUCGAGCAUGUUCUACAGCCCAAGUCGACACUCGAGAAGCUAUUGUUUUUGAUCGAAAAUGCGUUCACGCACGCCCACCGCCUUACUACAAUCAUCAGUUUUGGAGCCCUUGCUGUGCUAGUGCUCGUUCGCACCUUCAAACAGGCGUUCAAGAAGUAUUGGUUCAUCUAUCGCAUUCCGGAGGUGUUCAUUGUGGUCGUCGUCUCGACACUUCUAUGCAGCGAACUCGACUGGGACGAUGACGGGGUGGAGAUCUUGGGUGCGGUGCCGAUCAGCUCCGGCAGUUCGUUUGUGUCGUUCCCAUUGACCAAGGCCACCCUCAAGUAUCUCCGACGCACUACUUCAACUGCAGUGCUCAUCUCCGUGGUCGGUUUUCUGGACAGCAUCGUCGCCGCUAAGCAGAAUGCGGGCAGGUUCGGAUACAGUAUCAGCCCUAACCGCGAGCUUGUUGCGCUCGGAGCCGGAAACAUCGUAGGCUCCUUCGUCCCGGGCACAUUGCCCGCGUACGGAUCCAUCACGAGGUCCAAACUGAACGGAGACCUCGGCGGGCGCACGCAAAUGGCGUCGCUCGUCACCUCGACACUUGUGCUACUCGCUACCUUCUUCUUGCUCCCGUAUCUGUACUACCUACCGAAAUGUGUGCUAGCUUCAAUCAUCUGCCUCAUCGUGUUCUCCCUGCUCGGCGAGCUCCCUCACGAUGCGAAGUUCUACCUGAAGAUGCGGGCAUGGAUCGAUCUCCUCCUCAUGUCCCUCACGUUCUUCCUCACCAUCAUCUGGAAUGUCGAGAUCGGCAUCGCGGUCAGCGUCGUUAUCUCCCUCCUCUUAGUCGUGCACCGGUCCUCGCGGCCUCGCAUGACGAUUCUCGGUCGGAUCCCGGGAACAGACAGGUGGAAGCCCAUCGACGAGAACCCGGACGCCGAGGAAGAUGCUUCUGGUGUGCUCAUCGUUCGCAUCCGCGAGAACCUGGACUUUGCCAACACUGCACAAUUGAAAGAACGGCUGCGCAGACUCGAGCUCUAUGGGCAUGACAAGCAUCACCCCGCGGACGAGCCGCAUCGACACGCGGCGAACGUCCUCGUCUUCCAUCUCGCAGACGUGGAGACCAUCGACGCAUCGGCGGUGCAGAUCUUCUACGAGCUCGUGGAAACUUACAAGAACCGCGGCGUCGGGCUGUACAUCACCCACCUCAGGCCCGCGCCGCGCGCGCAGUUCGCCGCCGCGGGCGUCGUGCGCCUCCUCGGCGACGAGGCGUUUUGCAGGGACGUCGCGAGCGCGAUGGCCGAGGUGGAGCACGCCGGGCGCGAACAAUGA